GACCCGUCCGUUGUGGAAAAUAAAUGAAUGCUGUAGUACCACGGGUGGCCUCUAGUGGCGAGUCGGCGCUGUGUUGCUUCCUGAGUGGACGUUGUCAGGCAGCCUGUGAGGCAGCGCCGAGGGCGGCAAAAGCCUACGCACGUUAACGCGACUGCUACUGGGGCGUUCCGCCAAGCACACAGGCGACUGUCAACACACAGAAACAUGGCCGCCUCUGCAGCGAGCGAGGCGAGCAACAGAGACAGCCCUGCCACGCACAGUCCGAGAUGCCAAGAAGAAGCCGGCGCGCAGUCACGGGAGAUGGUCAAGCCCAGCAUCACGGAGCUGACGAAGGAAGUGAGGACGAAUAUCCUGUGCACCGUGGAGGGAUGUGGCAAGAUUCUCCCCAACACGCCUGCACUCAACAUGCACCUGGUGAAGUCACACAGGAUCAAGGACGGUAUCGUCAAUCCCACCGUUCGGAAGAAUAUGAAGGGCUCUCAGAAGCUUUACUGUUGUCCCAUUGAGGGCUGUCCCAGGGGCGCUAACAGACCCUUUUCCCAGUUCUCCCUGGUUAAACAACACUUCAUGAAGAUGCACGCAGAGAAGAAACACAAGUGCUCCAAGUGCAACAACGGCUACAGCACCGAGUGGGACCUGAAGCGGCACGUCGAGGACUGUGGGAAGACCUACCACUGCACGUGUGGCUGCCCGUACGCUAGCAGGGCAGCGCUGCUAUCGCACAUCUACAGGACCGGCCACGAGAUCCCUACGGAGCACAGAAUUCCUCCAGUAAAAAAGCGAAAGAUGGAGAAACUGCUAAGUAGUACUGAAAAGGUCAAGGCCAGUGAGUCAGCCUGUCAGCUCAUGCCUGCUGGUAGAGAUCUGGCAGAGACUCCUCUCCCUGCUGACACAACCGUUUCUAUCCCCGAGUCAGUGACUCAGAACUCUAAUCCCCGUAAGAACUUCCAAAAGAUGCUCCUACCAAAGCCCAAGAUGGCUUUAGUCAGUGUUCCUGUGAUGCAGCUGGCCCACCUCCCCGUCCUCCUCCCCUCCACAGAGACCACUCUGAGGUCUGUGGUGCUGGCAGUAGACACCCACGGCCCCGUUGGCACCCUUCACCUCAUGCCCCAAGCCACGAGUGCAAUGGUCCCCCAGCUUGAUGCCAAGACUCUGGGCUUCAAAGACAGCAUGCCCACCUCCCGCUCCAGCCUGGGCCCAGUUAGCACAGGGGUGCAGGUCAGGCUGGACCCGACCGGUGUAGAGGACUCGCCCAGCAGCCUGGCAGAACACCGGGGAAGAAGCACCUCCACCAACAUUCAGACAGACAAGUCGUACUUGUCCAAGAUGCCGGCGGCGUGUGCUGGAGACGGCGCGGGCUCGUGUUCUGCGGCGGAGUCCUCGGUGUCGUCCUGCUCCCAGACAGACAUCAGCGUCAGCGCCCAGGUUCUGCUUCCAGUCAGUGUUGAAACGCAGACGCUCUCCUCUCGGCCCAAAGCCAAGUCCUCUAUCGGAGCUCAGACAGACGGUCAGUGCUUGAGCCACAUCCUCUGCUCGGCCUCGUCCGCGCCCCCGCACAAAAGCCAGCAGACGCAGACGGGCUUUGCUGCGGCCCAGUCAGAGGAGCGGGCCCACGACCAGGCCAUCAUGUGCUCGGAUCUGUUUGGCAGCGACUCCCUGAGCGUCUCCACCCAGACAGCACUGGACAUAGAGGACACCCUAGCUGCGACAGGAAGCGGUAUCUACGAGGAUGCAAAAGCUGGCGCCAUGUGCUUUGGGGUGCAGACGGACGAGCUCAACUCCAACAACAUGGCCGACAACCAGACCCAAACGAUGACCCUGUUAAAUGACCUGGAAAACAUUCUGUCCGACAGCAUGACGGGCCACCAGGUGCUCUCCGAGGCGUCCGCCGGCUGCGCCUCCAGUCUGGGCUCUGUUGCGGAGCAACACAAUGGCAUAGACUUUGACUUCGAAGAUUUCCUCAAUGCUGUGCACAUCCAGACGCAGACAGAGGAGAGCGAGCUGGGAGGACUGAGCGGUGACACGCCGCUGGAGUCGCUGGACAUCCAGACCCAGACCGACUUCCUUCUAAUGGACGAACUGGACCAAAGCGAGGGACCGGGUCGAACCCAGGCCAGUGACCUGGAGUUAUUCGAUACUCAAACUCAGACCGACCUCAAUUUCCUGUUGAAUGCUGGAAGCCACAUGCCUCUGAGCAGCAUCCUGCGGCAUUCCAGCUUUUCCAUGAGCACGGAGUCCUCGGACACAGAAACCCAGACGGAUCUCCCUUCGUUCGCCACGGGCCUCUCGGCUCAGGCCCCGGUGGGUCACGGCGAGCACGCGAGGCUGCAGAGCAGCACAGAGACGCAGACGGUGACCAGCCAGGCCGAAGGCCUGGGGCACCUCUUCCUCACGAGCAACGAAACGCAGACCGCCAUGGACGACUUCCUGUCGGCUGAUCUCGCGUGGAAUAUGGAGUCCCAUUUCAGCUCGGUGGAAACGCAGACGUGUGAGGAGCUCUGCGCUCUGUUCCAGCAGCCGGAGAAACCAAACAGCUGAAGCAGUCUUAGUGGAGCAGUCUUGAGUAUUUGCAGCAUAGGUUCCUGACGCAUUCACUUCCUGUUGGAGGAGUUGAUCUAGACUGUCCUUGGGUGGACCAUAGUCUUAGCAGUAAGAAUUCUGCCAAACGUUGCUGAACAUUCCACUGGUGGCGUCAUGUCCGGAGCAUUUCCAGCUCUAUCCUGUCGCUCUGUCGCACUUUAUUAUCUCAACAGGCAUGAUUAAUCAGCUCCUACAGUUUACAUAUUGAUUUGCACAUAGAGUAACACAUCGUAUGUGUCCUUCUGAGAUUCCAGUUUACUUGUAGAAGUCAGUGUAUAAUCACUGUGACUGGGUGUCUUACUAACAGGAAAAAAAAAACGACUUGACAUCUCAUCAGUGUUGGAUCUGCACAACUUGAGCUGUGCAGCUGUAACGGGCUUGUUUUGCCCGGUGUCACUUUUCAGAUAUGCAUAUGCCAUCUCAGCUGUACAGUGUACAACGUUGUACAUAGCACUUGAAAUGUGCAUGAAGCCAUGACACAGAAAUACGCAGAAAUGCAUUCUGGGCUUUUGCCUGUUUGGAUGUUGCCUUGUCAGCGGCCGCCGUGCUAACAGUUCUUCUUCAUCAAAGCUUUGCAGCCAUUGGAAAAUGUGACCAUGAGAAACAAAUGUUUUCCAAAAUAAAAGCCCACAAAGCCUUUAUCAGCGAGCAAGGCACUGCUAAGAGCUGUGUAGAAAACAAUGCUGCUGAUGCGUUUGCGGCAGAACUUGAAUCGAUCAUGUUGUUGUACACCUUUGGUUGAAAUGUGAUUGAUGUAUGUUGUUGAGUAAACUCUGUACAGCUAAGCAGUCGCUUCAAGUCUGCAGACCGACUCAGCUGACGUUGUCUUUGACUUAUUCAUUAGCAGAGUGAAAGUGUAUACAGUAGCAGUAAUACAUUAAGUACAACAAGUAUCAGCACAGUCGUUAUAUGUAUUUAUUGCCUAAUUUCUUAUUCUACUCUUAUUUAUUACUCUUAUUCUAUUCUUAGAUCUUCUACUAAUGUUUCCACGCUUAUCAUUUUAGAAACAUUUUCGAAGGCGCUUUAUUUUUUUAUUUCUUAUGAAGGGACUACAUUUAAUGUUUUAAUUGUUCUUUUUGUUGAUACUGUUCCGCUACGUUACCUCGUUAAGCACAGGUACCGCCAACAAACUGUGUUCGGCUAGGGCGCAUACAGAGCUUACGCCUUCAUGUUCAUUUGGUGACAUUGGUGCCUUAACCCAAGUCUUCGUUUUAGUUCUGUUACGAACUAUUUAUUUUGCUGCUCUGACAAGAAAAUAUUUAUCAGACCUGGAGAGGUUUUUCCGUUUGCUUUGCACAUUUAAUACGUUUGUCUAAUGGUAUUCCCAACACUGCAUGAAUUAUUGGCAUGUCUCUAAUUGUUUUACAUUAACAAUUAAUUAGUUUAUGUAGAAAGAUUUAUGUUCGGUCACAUAAAAGUAAGGCUGAGCAGCAUUUUUUUGAAGGGGAUGUGUUGGCUCUGCCUCUGUGGAGGCAGGUGGUUGAUGCUGGUGAUUAACAGAGGGAUGUACAGAACAUGACACUGUGCCCGAGUGUAAGCGCACCACAACACUUUAAGAUUAUUCUUCCUUUGAAGGAUUUUGACACAAAUUAAAGAAAGUCAGCAUUUCUUUCAUUGCUGUUAGUAUUUCUAGUUUGUGGUUCUUCAAGUAUAUCAUAGCUGCCUCCUGCUCGUUAGUGGCAUUAAAACAGAACUACAGUAUAUGAAGAAGCCUCGUCAGUCUCAAGUGUCCGUUACAGUGCUUUAUUGUUUCUCUGUAAGGAGUGCAUGCACAUAUUUUCCCAGCACAAAAUAUUUGUUGUUGUUUCUCUUGCGUAUACGUGAGUUAAUGGUUGCCUUCAUUUACUGUUGACGCCCCUCUUCAGAUGUUCUUAAUAAACUGCUGGAAAGUGUA